UUCGUAUCCUGUUGAUCAAAAAUCGGUCCAGUAUACGGUGGUUUUUUUUUUUUUUUUUUUUAUCGAGCGUAUUUCUCGUACAAAACAAGUCAUUCUUCCCGAAAAUAACCCAUCUGCUUCUAUCUACCUGCAUUAGGCCGGUGUUAGAGUAUUGUGCGCCCUUAUAUAACCAUGCGUUGUCUGCUAAUUUAAGCGAAGACCCAGAGCAUAUUCAGAAAAGCGCGCUUUCCGUAAUUUGAAUUUCUCCUGGCCUUUCAUAUCACGUCAUUUUAGAAUUGUAUAAUAUCAGAUCUUUGAAAGGCAGGCGCAAAGAACAAUCAACUCUUUGACUCAGUCGUAUCUGGAUACUGCGCAUAAACUCCAUCAUUUGCUGCCACCCAAUAACAUAAGCAGACACAAUUUUAGAAACCAACGCAAUUUUAUGUUGCUAAAAAUGGACACAAAUCGUUACACGAACACAUUUAAUCCAUCCAUGUCCAAUCGGUAAAACUUUAAUAUGUAGUUGUUUUUAUAAUCAUUUUAUAUUAAAUGAAAAUGUCAUUUUAUAAAUGUGUACAUUAAUAUUAUUAUAACUUUUAUGAAAUUCAUGCAAUGUAGCCUCAGGAUCUUUACUCUUUUACGUCAUUUACGUCACGCACCGCACUAACAUUAGAAUAUGACAUAUGCAUAUUCUUGAACACUCACUCCGCCGUUGUUGUCCUCAAACGUGAAUCAGCACAUUGAAAUUGCCUGGGACUGUCGAGGUGAACCCUAAAACGAAGGUAAGUUGCAAUUUGUUUUAGAAAGGUGUAGGUCAGCAAAAAUUACCUCGCUUCUUUUAAUUACAGUGUAUUGAGAGGCAAUGAACAGUGACCAUUCAGUAUCUGAUUUGUGCCUUUCUUACGUUCAUCAUUUUCAUAAUUAUUACUCAACGUGUUGUAGAGCGACAUCGCUAGUUCGCUAAAUUCGAUUAUUUUUUCAUACAGGAAAUCUCAGAGCGAGGAAGUUUCCAAUCAGAGCGCUUCAAAAGGAAAUAUAAACCUUAGCUGUAAUCGAAUACGCCACGAUAGUUCUACUGUUUCUACGUUGAAUUCGUUCGAAAGGACCGAUAAAGAAAGAAAUAUUCCUCCACGAGGUGUUUAAACAGUUGUUAUCUCAGCUUUUGCAAUGAGUUACCCACCUCAACCACCGCCGUACAAUCCAACAGCUCCUCAGCCGAACGCUGGAGUUGGUUUCGAACAAUAUCAACAAGGAACUCCAUAUCCUCCGCCGCCAUAUUCAGCCCCAUAUCCUCAACAACAGUACGGCGGGCCUCCUCCACAGCCAGGCUAUCCUCCGCAGCAGGGCUUUCAACAGCCUUAUGGUCAGCCACAGUAUGUCUACACAAACCAGCCUAAAACUGUUUACGUUUAUGAUCAAAAUGGGAGACGUAGACAAGACAACAGUGAUGCUGCGGACUGCUUUCUGUUAGGGCUAUGUGCUGCAUGUCUGUGCUGUUGUGUUCUCGACUAAUUACAGUGACAUUUGAACGUGUUUAUGUACGUUACAUAUUAGGUUUUCUAUCUGUUAGCUCUAACUUGCUUCGAGAAAGCCUGUGGGUAGUUUCAUAAAUUCAGAAAAGAACAGAACUUGUGAUAUAAAAUUGUGUAUGUACGUGUGUGCGUGUAAGUAAUAUUAUAUUCUCAUAAUUCUAAAUAUUGCAUAAUUAUAGAUCUGAAGUUUAUCAUGUUGCCAGUUUCCAAUGCAAAUGUAAUGUGAUGUAGUAGCAGGUUGUGAUUCCAUAUAUGGCAGAACAGAUGAAUCUUUUAAAAUACAACGAUAAACGAAAAAAUAUAGUGUAAAUGUGUGACAAAGUUUCCUAAGAAGCUGAAUUAGAGGGAAAUUGGGGAAGAAAACGUUUCUAGUUUUUUUCUAAGGAUUCUUACGAAUUUUCAUAAUCAUUGAUUCAAACCAUAAAAGUAUAUUGUAAGCCAUUUUGUCUAAAAUUAAUUUUAGAUUAAGAUUGCAGUGUUCAGAUAUGCUUAGUUUUCAAAAUUUAGAAUAUUUAAGUACAACUUUGCUCAACAUAAAAACAAAUUGCACCAUGCAGGUGUGAAGACAAAGAGUUUUUCAAUCAAAACCUGCAUAUUGAGCUUUUAUGGAGAAGAGAGCUCCUGAAAGGUUUUGUUCGAAAUAGAGAAUUUUUCACUCCUUUAAAUAUCUGCUCAUAGAUCAUGAAUUAGUCAAUAAAAACUCUUUCAGAAAAUUUAACCUUCUUUGGUUAAACCAACCAUCUUUGUUUGGUUUGUAUCAGAUACUUUCAUUUUUAAAGAGCAGCUUACAGGUUGUUGAUUAAAAGUGCAAUGAUAAUUCAUCAUCAUGAUUGUAUUUACAAGUGUGUGCAGCUUAUUCAUGUCUCUGAUGGUUGUCCUGUGUAUAGGGACUGAAGGG